GAGCAAUUUCGUAUAAAAAUGGAGCAGAUGAGGGCAUAAGGGUAAAACAACUCUCCCACCACGGACCAGAUUACCACAGUACUAUAUAAAUGGUACAGAAGGUUCUGACAGUUGCAAACUAAAGAUGAAAAUGGAGGAAGAUAGCCCAAACGAGGUCUACAAAGAGUGUAUGAAAAACCAUGCUGCCAGCCUAGGUAGCCACGCUACCGAUGGGUGUGGAGAAUUCACACCCGACGGUGAAACACCUGGUGGACUACAAUGCGAAGCUUGUGGCUGUCACCGUAAUUUCCACCGGAAAGUUAGGGUCUUAACCGGUACCGGCAGAGCUAGAAACAGCUCUAACCGUGGCGGUGACGAUACAGACAUGGAUCUAAUCCAAUACGGUGGCGGUGGAGGUGGAGGUGGAGGUGGAGGAGGAGGUGGUCACACGGAGGUGAUGAUGACCCCGGUGGAGUUGCUGGAGCUGGAAAGAAGCGUAAAGAAGCGUGCUCGGACGAAGUUCACGGUGGAGCAGAAGGAGAAGAUGCUUGCCUUUGCAGAGAAGCUUGGUUGGAGGAUUCAAAGAGACCAAGACGCUGAGAUCGAUCGCUUCUGUAAAGUCACCGGUGUGAGCCGUCAGGUCUUUAAGGUUUGGAUGCAUAACCAUAAGAACUCUGCUUCGUCGUCUUCAGCUUCUACGGCCACCACCGGCAAUGCCUCCUCUACUCUUACUCAAUAGAGGGAGAGGGAGAGAGAGAAAGAGAGAGGGAGAGAGAUUUUUUAUUUUAUUUUUAUUUUUAUUGUUUAUUUUCCCUAACGGAGGAGGAGUAAUUUUGGAUUUUUUUUUUUAAAUUAAUUUUAGGUAAAUAGAUAUAGUAUUUAUA